AUGAAGUCGAAUAUCGCUGCUGCCGCAGUUGUUGGCCUCUUGGCCUCCUCUACCGUUGCCUCCCCAGCCAACACCCACUCCAACUGGGACGCCAGUGCCGACAACAGCAUCAACAAAAAUGUCGACGCUCCCUUCGGCUACAAGGCUGGCUCAAAGCAGUCGAUCGCCAACUUGAAGAGCAAGAUCAAGAACGUCGUCUGGAUUCUGCUCGAGAACCGAUCCUUCGACAACAUCCUCGGUGGUAUCGAGCGCCGCGGUCUCGACAACCCCGUCAACAAUGGCGACUACUGCAUCCCCCAGAACCUGAGCCAGCCCAAUGGCAAGCAGUGGUGCACCGGCGCAAAAGACUUUGACUCUAUCCAGAAUGAUCCCGAUCACUCCGUCACCGGAAACAACCUGGAGUUCUUCGGCCAGUUCUCUCCAAAUAACGCCGAUGUUGCCAGUGGCAAGAUCCAACAGACCAACCGUGGCUUCGUCAACAAGCAGUUGAUUUCAUACCCCUCCAUUUCUGCCGAGACCGCCGCCAAACAGGUCCUGAACUACUAUACCGAGGAUCAGGUCCCGGUUAUGGUGGACUUGGUUGACGAGUUUACUACUUUCAACUACUGGUUCUCUUGCGUUCCCGGACCAACCAACCCUAACCGCCUCUGUGCUGUCGCUGGUACUUCUGAUGGUCACGGAAAAAAUGACAACGACUUUGACGUCUCCGCCAUUGACAUCCCUAGCAUCUUCGAGGUUGCUAGUGGCAAGAACAUCUCCUGGCUCAACUACGACGGCACCAACGGCGCAUUCCUUCCCGACAGUCUUUUCUUCAACUGGACUGCCAAGCACGCCCCCAACAGCGUUGUCCCCAUCGAAAACUUCUUCCAGGAUGCCUACCUCGGCCAGCUUCCUCAACUUUCUUACCUCAACCCUUCCUGCUGCGGCGCCAACACCAACUCCAUGCACCCCAACGGCAACGUCUCCUACGGCGAGAUCUUCGUCAAGCAAAUAUACGAGGCCCUGCGCAACGGCCCGCAAUGGGAGGAAUCUCUCCUGCUGCUGACCUACGACGAAACAGGCGGUUUCUUCGACCACGUCCCCUCCCCCGCCGCUGUUCGUCCCGAUAACAAGACAUAUACUGAAACCGCACACGAUGGAUCUAGCUACACGCUCCUUUUCGACCGUCUCGGUGGCCGUAUGCCGACUUUCCUGAUCUCGCCUUACACGCCUGCGGGCCAUAUUGAGAACUACGGUACUAACCCUGCCACUGGAAAGCCCGAGGCAUAUAGCGCUACCUCCGUCCUCAAGACCCUUGGCUAUCUCUGGGAUUUGGAGGAUUCCACCCCUCGGGUUUCUAACUCGCCUUCCUUUGACCACUUGAUUGGUCCGAAUGUGCGUCGCAAGGCAAACCAGUUGGCUGUGCCCAAGACUUUUUAA